GCAAGCAAUUAAAAUAGCUCAAUGCAUUUACUUACUCAAGGCCAGAAAUGGGCCCUGCAUUGGCACUAAAUUCCUAUUCCCUCAACAUAAUAUAGACCACCUCAAAAAAUCCAUCAUUUGGAUACACAAAAUCAGGCUUUUUUCUUCUGUAAUCCAUCUAAGUAAUAAGUGCAAGCCGGGAUUUCACUUGGAUGCAAAAUCAAUUUCCACUUCUCGAGUAUCAGCCAAGGAUGAUGAGCCUGCAUCACCAUUAACACAUCACACUGAAGGAACAUCACAUCAGAAGGAACCAAAGAUGGUGAAGGUGCUCAAUGUUGCCGAGAAAAAUGACGCCGCCAAGAACUUGGCCAACAUCCUAUCCCGGGGUGGUGCUACGCGUAGGACCCUGGAGCGGGAGGUGCGGGGGGCGAGCAAGCUGGUGGUGUGGACGGACUGCGACAGAGAGGGCGAGAACAUUGGCUUCGAGAUCAUCUCUGUGUGCCGUGCAGUCAAGCCUAACAUAACUGUGCUCAGGGCGCGGUUCUCGGAGAUGACGCCCGGCGCUGUGACGCGCGCCAUUGCGACGCUGGGGGCGCCUGAUGAACUGCAGAGCAAAGCCGUGGACGUGCGUAGCGAGCUGGACCUCAGGAUAGGGGCGGCGUUCACGAGGUUCCAGACGCUGCGUCUGCAGAAGGUGUUCCCCGCGUCCCUAGUGGACACCCUCAUCAGCUAUGGGUCGUGUCAGUUCCCCACGCUGGGCUUUGUGGUGCAGCGAUACAAGGCUAUCCAGGACUUCAUCCCUGAGCCCUUCUGGAGGAUCAAAGUGUUCCUGGACACUGUCGAGUUCGAGAAGCUGGCGUCGCGCAAGCUGGGGAUGUCGGCGAAGGCGGCGCUGCAGGUGGCGGAACGUCUCUACACCAGCGGCCUCAUCAGCUACCCCAGGACAGAGACCAACAUCUUCCCCAGCUCUCUUCCCCUCGCGCCCCUCGUACAGCUGCAGACCGACCAUCCCCAGUGGGGAGGUAAGGCCCCAACAUCUUCCCCAGUUCUCUUCCCCUCGCGCCCCUCGUCCAGCUGCAGACCGACCAUCCCCAGUGGGGAGGUGACUGAUAAGCCCAUGCCUCACUAUCAGGUGACUGAUAAGCCCAUGCCUCACUAUCAGGUGACUGAUAAGCCCAUGCCUCACUAUCAGGUGACUGAUAAGCACAUGACUCACUAUCAGGUGACUGAUAAGCCCAUGCCUCACUAUCAGGUGACCGAUAAGCCCAUGCCUCACUAUCAGGUGACUGAUAAGCCCUUGCCUCACUAUCAGGUGACCGAUAAGCCCAUGCCUCACUAUCAGACGGGCAUGCAGUUCCCCAUGGAGCUGGUGAAGGUGGCCUCGGAGACGACGCCUCCAGCGCUACUGACGGAGGCAGAUCUCAUCGCCCUCAUGGAGAAGCAUGGCAUUGGCACAGACGCGACGCACGCAGAGCACAUCGAGACGAUCAAGGCGCGGUCGUACGUGGGGCUGCAAGAUGCCCGCUUCGUGCCCGGCACGCUGGGCAUGGGGCUUGUCAACGGCUACGAUGAUAUGGGCUUCCAGAUGUCCCAGCCCCACCUCAGGGCGGGGCUUGAAGAGGAUCUUAAGGCGAUCUGCGAGGGGCGGCGGGACGCGGAUGCCGUCCUGAGGGAGCAGGUGCAGCGCUACAAGGAGGUCUUCCAGGCCGCCUCCCAGCAGGCUGAGAAGCUGGACAGCGCCCUAGCCGCCCUCCUGCAGGAGCAGCCAUCUGAACCUCCUCCUCCCCAGGCGGUUCUUCCCAGGGUGUGCUCGUGCCCCUCGUGCGGGUCCGACGUGGUGCUGAAGCAGAAGGCGCCGUCCUCGUGGUUCCUGUCGUGCCAGGGCUUCCCUGAGUGUCGUGUGUGUCUGUGGCUUCCUGGUGAUGUCCUCAGCGUUGAGGUCCUGCCUGACACGUGCCCUACGUGCGUCGGGGCCCCAUCGCUGGUGCGCCUGGGGCUGCGCCCCCGCGCGUACGCCCCCCUGCUGGGGGACUCAGCCACCACCUGCGUCAUGGGCUGCGACCCCACCGUCCUCGACGUCCUGGGGGUGCGCUCCCUGGGGGCUAUUCGGGGGGGAACUGCCCCCCCAAGGGGAGAGGAUGCCUCAAGAGGGAGGGUGGCCCCGAGGGGAGUGGCUGCUCCACGAGGGAGAGCUGUGGGGGCAGCGGCAAUUGCGGGAGCCCCACGGGGGGCAGCUGUCCCCAGGGUCGGGGCUGUGCAAAGAGGAGCUCAGCGGGGCGCUGCUGGGGCUCAGCGGGGGGCGGCUACUACUCAGCGGGGGGCGGCAUCCACUCAGCGGGGGGCGGCAUCCACUCAGCGGGGGACGGCAUCCACUCAGCGGGGGGCGGCAUCCACUCAGCGGGGGGCAGGAGGUCCCCGCAGAGGGGGACCGGCCGGCGAGUUUGAAAAAGGGGGCAGUGGGGCCCCGGGGGGCGGUGGGGCCCCUGGGGACAGCAACCGCGUGGUGUGCGACUGCCGGGAGGACGCCGUGCUGCUCACCGUCAGGAAAACUGGGCCCAACACGGGUGAGUGGGACAUGGGGGACGAUGACUUCUGGGACCUGGACGAGUCUGAGCUGCAGGCGCUGGGGGAGCCGUCCCUUGUGGGGGGCGGCGCCCCUAGGGGAGGUGCAAGCAGCAACGGCUUAUGGUCGUCGCAGGUGUCUGAAAUGCNAGUGGGGACGUGGUAG